CUCCACUUCUUCUCAAUCUAUUUGUCUCUCUGCUUCUUAAUUGAAAAUUUUAUGUUCUCUCAUUUUUCCUAUUUCACUAUUUCUCUCUUCACCCUCCUCUCUCUUCAAUAGCCACAUGCCCAAACCCCACAAUCUAAAUUUGGGAAUUUGCUUCUUUGAGGAGGCUUCUGCCUGGGUGGGUUCUUUGAUGAUGAAUUGCUUGAUGGUUAGCUAUUGUUUUAUAGGUUCUUCCCCAAUUUCAUAAAAAGAAAAACGAUUUGAAUUAAUUGAUUUAUUUCCUCCAUUUGAGUUUUGUAGCAGACUUAGAGAGAGAGAGAGAGAGAGAGAGAGCAGCUGACAUGGAUGAGGGUUGGAGGCCAUGGCUGUGACGAGGUGUGUGCUUAGGUGGGAGGUGAUGGCUGUGACGAGGUGUGUGGUGGGAGUGGGAACUGAUGGCAAAGAAAGACGAAGGCGUGGAGAGGGGAGGAAGUCGCGAGUGAUGAGGAGGGGAUUAUUUGUCCUCCCUUCACAAACGGGUCUCAGUAAGCCCAGUUAAGAAGGUGUUUUGGGCCUUGAUUAGUAAUCUCAUUUAAAACUAGAACCGUAUAACAACAAACAUUGGAUAAUUUUUUAUCCAAGCCAGUCCAAGUUAGGGAGGCGUACCAAACGAGCCCUCAAAGACAAAGGAUGACAACAUUUUUUAAUAUUUCUUAUAAAAAAUACCUUUUUCCUCUAGGUCAUAUAUUCCUAUGCUAUGCUUGUUUGUGAGUAAUUAAGAGUGGUCUGCAAAUUCAGGGCUCGUUUGAGGGAGAGAGAGCAGGGAAGCACGGAUAUGGUGGGUGAACUUGGGAUGGUUGAAAUGUCACAAGCCUUGGAUUUAAUUGAUGUUUGCUAUAAGCAGGUUGGUGGGGAUUUUUGGAGUUUUCUUCUAGAGAUAAAUUAACUAGAGAGAGAGAGAGAGAGAGAGAGAGCAGGGAAGCAUGGAUAUGGUGGGUGGUUGUAUGUGGUGGGGUGGCUUACCUUUUGCAGCCAUGGUAAUGGUGGAGUUCGCAGAUGUGGGCAUAUCAACUAUAAGCAAAGCAGCAAUGUCCAGAGGAAUGAGCACUUAUGUUUUUGUUGUGUACUCUAAUGCCCUUGCCACCCUCCUCCUCCUUCCUUGUUUCAUUUACCAAAAGAAGCCGGUUUCUCUUACUCUCUCACUCCUUUCUGGGUUCUUCCUCCUUGGCCUAAUUGGGAGUUCGAGUCUGAUAUUGGCAUAUAAUGGCAUCAACUACAGCUCCCCAACAGUCGCAUCAGCAAUGGGAAAUCUUAUACCGAUUUACACAUUUGUGCUGGCAAUCAUUUUCAGGAUGGAAAAACUAGACUUAAGGAGAUCAAGCAGUCAAGCAAAAUUGUUGGGAACUAUAGUAUCAGUAUCUGGGGCAUUUGUAGUAAUUCUUUACAAGGGCUCAGCAAUCUUAAAGUUCAAGGCUUUAUCACCAUCCAACUUCCCUCCCCACCAGAACUUGAUCAUCACACAACACACAAAGUGGAUCUUUGGAGGUCUUUUCCUUGCAUUGUCUUGCCUUUUGGCUGCAAUAUGGAACAUUGUUCAGGCAUCCAUUGUUAACAACUGUCCAUCAAAGGUGACCAUAGUAUUCUUCUAUACCUUCUUUGUGACAAUCCAAUGCACAAUAUUUUCACUGAUUGUGGAAAGAAAUCCAAAUUCCUGGACAUUAAGGCCCAACAUCGAGAUGAUCGCCAUUGUCUGCUCAGCUGUAUUUGGGAGUGUCUUUCGGAUUGGUGUUCAUACUUGGUGCUUGCACCAAAAAGGGCCUAUCUUUGUAGCCAUGUUCAGGCCCUUGGGAGUUGCCAUUGCAGCAGUCAUGGUGGUCAUCUUCCUAGGCGAAGCACUUCACCUUGGCAGUGUGAUUGGAUCUGUCAUUGUUGCAAUUGGAUUCUAUGCUAUGAUGUGGGGACAAAUCAAAGAAAAGAGCAUUGUGAUGAAGAAUGAAGUCCACAGCUUGGCAUCAUCCACCCAACAGACCCCUCUUUUGCAAUGCAGAACCUCAGAAAAUAUAUGACAAAGAAACGUGCAAAUAUUUCAUUCAUGGAUCGGAUAAGCAAGAGGAGGAGGAGCUAUAAUUAUAAAUGAAAUAUAUCCUUCUCAUUAAACUGUAUUUUCUUGAAUCACUGUGGAGUUCACAAUGAAAGAUGAUCGCCAUUAUCUGUGCAGUGAGAAGAACUAUAAACUUCGUCCUUGAAAAUGUUGCUAUUUCAGUGUCUCAUGUUUACGAUUGAUACACUGCUCUUGAUUGUUCAGGCUAUAUUUGGGAGUA